AUGCUGACGUUUUGCAGGUCGCAAACACCUCACUAUCAAGAUGGUCCCUGGUCGUGGCUCGUCUGUUUUGCCGCCACGAUGUCCUGGAUGGCCGCCGUAGGUUUUGUCUUCAGUUUUGGCGUGUUUUUUCCAGUUUUUAUGGAACACUUCAACGAAGAUCGAGAGCGCACUGGUAUGUAUAUGCAGACGCCGUUCUCGUUAAUUCUGGUGUUUUCAGCAGUGUUUCAAGGCCUUUAUUAGCCCUUGUAAAGGUCUGUUUUCUAAUCACAUGGAAAAUUUGCAUUCCUGCUUCCCGGGUGUAUGGCCUCACGAUACCAUGAUCCCAGCUACCGAGACUAGCUUGAUUUUUGUUACGUUUUUCAACGAGCCGUCUCCCGAGAACUUGGCAAAACGAGCCAGCCUUGCAAACCUGACUCAAUAUUAUCAAUUAACCUCUACUGAGGGAAUCGGGCAACCUUUGUGUCCCUCUGUAGUACUUUAGUAAUUUAAAUUUUGUAUCACUCUUUUAAGGCGACAAGGUGUUGAGGUGAAACCUAAAACAGAUAAUGUCCCUUAUUGGGUUUGUAUUUUCGACUGAUUGUUGAUUAUGAUCAUAACCUCAUAGACUUUGUCUUAACCCUUUAAACCCUAACAUCAAAAUUCAAAUUCUCUUUUGUUAUCCCUAUACGUUUUCAAUAGAAGUAGUGGGGAGAAUUUGAUGAAGUAUCAAUUAGAUUCAUCUUGUAUGAUCAUAUCCUUAAUUCUCAUGACCACUGUGUUUUAUAAAGCAGUGAUAUUACAAGGAGAAAUUUGAUGCUGGUCACUCUUAGGGCCUAAAGGGUUAAGCUAAGUAUCCCAUAAACGCCACCAUUUCCCGUUGAUUCGACUUUGUGACACUCAUCAACCAAUUUGAUCUUGGAUUAAAUAACUUGGUUUCCAACGAGCAUUGUUUGUGUUCAGUGAAGUGUUUUCUCUCUGACCAACUGAAAUAUGUGGAAACGAACACAACAUCUAACAUCAACACAAAAAAUAAGGGUCAGCUUUUCUCUGUUUCUCAGCGCUUCUGGAAAACGUAGAGAAUGAAGACAUAUUGUAAUUCCUUGCUGUAACUACGUUUCUUUCCUAGCUCCAAGUGUAAAUUUACAAUUUGAACAAAAGAUCAGUAUGCCAAUAACAAAUAGAUCCUUUGUCACUCUCGCAAAAGCAAAAGCUGCAUUUAAAGUUCGCGAAAACACAAUUGGUUAAUGAUAUGCGUCGGGCAUGCCGCGUGAUGUAUUGUCCGACUUUACUACCAGAAGAACCAAAUCGAACGUUUUAUUAAUCGAACUUAAUCGAACCCCGGUAAUUUAGGUUAAUUGUGUGUGCCAAGAAGGCAAGAGCCAGGUUUGUGAAUAGUGACCCUAAUUAAGGGAAGCAAAAAUAAAUUUGAAAUAUCGUCACCGUUUUAAGUACCACAAAGUAGAAAUGAUAUUCUCUAAGGGCAAAUCGAAAACCUGAGCUGUUUUCAUUGGGUUAUUUUACUUUUUUAUGAUUACCGAUUUACCAGAGAAUUCUAAAGAAAAUCCAGUUGUAUUUUCAGUUUUGGUGGAAUCAUUGCUACAGCACGAAAAAGUGCAACUAAGGUUAAAUAAAGGGCAAAUAUGGUAAAUUCCGCAUUGGCCCUCAAAUUUACAACCCCAUGUAAACUGUCAAGCAAAUGCGGUAUUUACCAUCUUUGCUUUUGAUUUCCCCCUCGUUUGCACUUUUUUGCAUCAUAUUUCACCGAGUAAAUUUGUGUAAAUCCAAUUUUCGUGCUAGAUAUAUGCUAACAAGCAUUUUAGUAAUCUGUUCCAAGCGCUCAGAAAGUGAGAACGUCGAAAAAUAACUGUGGGCAUGAAAAAACAAUAAAGGGUGGGGGUAGAGAGAGAAAGAAAAAAUUUAAAAGUUAUGUUCAGUCAUCUAUGCUAACGGAACAUUUACACAUUUUAUUUCAUUUUAUUUUUUGUAGCCUGGGUUGGUUCUCUUUCUAUUGCUCUUGUGUUUUUUACUGGACCUGUUUCCGGAAUCCUGGUCAACAAGCUCGGUUGCAGGAUAACAAAUAUACUUGGUGGUCUAAUUUGUGCUGCAAGCCUUGCCAUCGCUUCCAUGUCGGAACGACUUGUGACGUUAUAUCUUUCGUACAGCAGUUUCUUUGGUAUCGGAGUCAGCUUUGUUUUUAACGCCGGCCUUGUUAUUGUCAGUAAUUAUUUCAGCAGACGAAGAUCUUUGGCUCUCGGUUUCGUGUCGGCUGGUCAGGGGCUUGGGGUGUUAGCUCAGGGACCACUCCUACAAACAAUUAUAGACAAGUAUGACUGGAAGACAACCUACAGAAUAAUGGCUGGGGUUAUAUUUGCAAUAUGUUUGCUUGGAAUCACCUUCGAUCCUAAUGUAAAGUCUAAUGAAGAAGAGAAGAACACUGACCCGAGAGGUCCCGAGCAGUCGACCUUGUCUCCCGACGAUGCCAAGGCGAAUCUGAGGAAAAGAAGACGACGGCGAACAUUUGUUGAUUUAUCAGUUUGGAAAGUACCUACUUUCGUGGCCUUAACUUUGUCUUCUUCCAUUGCACAGUUUGGACACUUUGUACCUCAAAUUCACUUGGUAAUUUUACUUUUUUUUCUGCCUAAGUAAUUCAGUCGAACUAUUUUUUUCCUUGUAGUUUGUAGAGGAAACAAAGCGAUUAAGAUCUAAAACCUUGACCGUACUGCUUGUAUCAAUAGCUCUGCAUCUUCCUCAACGGAUGAUAUCGUGAAAAGUGAAAGCUAAAGGCAUGCGACUAAAGGUCUUGUUUCAAAGGGUCAGUGUCUUGAGAUUUGUUGAUCGUUAUUAAAAAAAGUGAGGAAGACUACUCAUCUGACUGCGGGAGGAAAAUAAGACCGAACGGUAGCUUUACCUAAGGGAACCGAGUAAGGAGAGUUUUAAGUGAAAAUGAGGAGCGGGAGCCCAUAGUCGAAGGAGCUGUGAAUGAAUCCUCUGUAACAGAAGAGAAAGCAAUUUUCACUUGACUCGCAUAUCAAACUAGAACUUUAACCCAACCCAAAGUAACUGAAUUUUACUUUAAUUCCCUUCUGGCUGAGCAAUUAAGUCGAACAAUUUUUUGUUCCUUUGAGAGUUUGAUAUAGGGAUUAUUCUGUAUCAUUUUAAACCCGGAACGAGUUUUAAACAGGGACCAAGGAGGCAAAAUGCUCGGAGCAGAAAUACAUGAUAGGGGAGGGAGAUUGUGUAUAUUGUGAUUUGUUUUUUUCCAGGUGCGAUUCUGUGAGGACCUUGGCAUAACUGCUGACAUGGCGUCCAAGUUGUACAUUUACUACGGAUUAUCAUCAGCCAUUGCACGUGUCCUAGCAGGCCGCUUAUGUGACAUCCGAGGAAUAAAUCCUGUUUACCUUUAUCAAUCAGCCGAGUUUGUUGUCGGUCUAUCAACGAUACUUGUUACCGUGGCAAACGAUUACACAGCUAUGAUAGUAUUUGUAGUCAUCUACGGAUUUUGUGACGGAAUAUUCAUCACAACCCUGAAUAUUAUUCUUCUGACGAGUGUAGAUGCAUCAAAACGGGCAGCUGCUCUUGGGUGGAACAUGCAGUUUACAACAAUUUUUAUGGCCAGUGGUCCACCUCUUGCUGGUAGG